AUGAUGAACUCUACAGAGGUUUCACAUUUCACCCUUGGUGCCUACUUUGACACCGGGCUUUUUAAAUACUUAUAUUUCCUGAUUAUUCUGACUGUUUAUAUUGCAAUUAUUUGUGCAAAUUUAUUUCUCAUUGUUGUCAUCUGUCUGAACAGAAGCUUACAUGAACCCAUGUACCUGUUACUGUGCAGCCUGUUUGUAAAUGAACUGUAUGGUAGUACAGGGUUGUUUCCAUUCCUGCUGGUUCAGAUCCUCUCUGACAUUCACACUGUUUCUGUGCCUUUUUGUUUCCUGCAGAUUUUCUGUUUGUACUCUUAUGGAGGUGUAGAGUUUUUUACCUUAGCCAUCAUGUCUUAUGACAGAUACCUGGCUAUCUGUUAUCCUCUACAAUAUAACACACGUAUGACAUCAAAUAAGGUCACCAUGCUUACUUCUCUAAUAUGGUUCUACCCUUUUCUUAGCAAUAUUUUCAUAGUGUAUUGUCUGACUGCUUCUUUACAGUUGUGUGGGAACAAUAUUAACAAAGUGUACUGUGACAAUUAUUAUAUUGUCAAACUGGCCUGCUCUAACACAACUGUCAAUAACGUCUUUGGGCUUGUUCACAUGUUUACAGUAAUUUUUAGUCUUAUAAUGUUGAUUCUUUACACUUACAUGAGGAUUCUCAAAGUGUGUUUUUCUGGCUCUAAACAGACCAGACAGAAAGCUGUCAGUACCUGCACACCUCACCUUGCUUCUCUGCUCAACUUCUCCUUCGGCUGUUUCUUUGAAAUAGUGCAGAGCAGGUUUAAUUUGAACAGUUUACCCAAUAUAUUACGCAUUGUUUUGUCAUUAUAUUGGCUUACAUGCCAGCCACUCGUCAACCCUUUACUGUAUGGACUGAAAAUGUCCAAAAUACGCAUUGUAUAUAAAAGUCUGCUCUUUAGGAAAAAAAUGUGA